CCGCCCCCGCAUCUCGUGCUCCCCGCUCUCCAGCCCAGCCAUGGCGUCGCCGGCCGCGGCCGCCUCCGGCCACCGCCGCCGCCUCCUCCUCCUCCUCAUCGCGCUUCUCCUCCUCCCGUUCGCCGCGGCCGCCGCGCCGCACAGGCACCGCGUCCCGUCCCGCCACCUCGCCUCGCUCAACGCGUCGGCGCCGCCGACCACCUUCUUCGAGGUGGACCGCCCGAUCCGCCCGCCGCUCGGCAGCGCCGGGCCCUGCUCCGCGCUGCUCCUCUCCCACUCCUUCGGCGAGACCUACGGCAGGCCCCCGGUCACCGCCGCCUACGCGCCGCCCGAGUGCCUCGCCGCCGCGCGCGCCCGGGGCGCCUCGCUCGCGCUCGCCGUGCUCGAGUGGGCCGCCGACUGCCGCGGCCGCCAGUUCGACCGCAUCUUCGGCGUCUGGCUCUCCGGCGCCGAGCUCCUCCGCAGCUGCACCGCCGAGCCGCGCGCCACCGGCAUCGUCUGGUCCGUCUCCCGCGACGUCACCAGGUACGCGGCCCUUCUCAAUGAGCCCGGCGAGGUCGCGGUGUACCUUGGCAACCUCGUCGACAAGACCUACACGGGCGUCUACCACGUCAACCUCACGCUCCACCUCUACUUCCACCCUGCGCCGCCGCCGCUCACGCAGCACGCCGAUCUGAUCGUGCCCAUCUCGAGAAGCUUGCCUCUGAACGACGGGCAGUGGUUCGCCGUCCAGAACGCCACCGACGUGCAGUCCAAGAGCCUCUCCAUUCCGUCGAACACCUACCGGGCGGUCCUUGAGGUAUCCGUUUCCUUCCACUCCAGCGAUGAGUUCUGGUACACGAACCCUCCCAAUGAGUACAUUCAGGCCAACAAUUUGUCCAGCGUUUCUGGCAAUGGUGCGUUUCGGGAGGUUAUUGUUAAAGUAGAUGACCAUAUCGUCGGUGCUGUUUGGCCGUUCACUGUCAUCUACACCGGCGGCAUCAACCCACUUCUCUGGCGGCCAAUCACCGGCAUUGGCUCAUUCAAUCUGCCUACCUAUGACAUUGAUAUCACGCCAUUCUUGGGCAAGCUCCUGGACGGCAAGGAGCAUAAUUUUGGGUUUGCUGUCACCAAUGCAUUGGAUGUGUGGUACAUCGAUGCCAAUUUACAUCUGUGGCUGGAUCACAAGAGCAAGAAAACAGUCGGGAGCUUGAUCAGCUAUGAUGCACCGGCACUGGCACUGAAUUUGGACUAUGGGUUCAGUGGGCUGGAUGGUAAGUUCGUCACGGGCGCAAGCCGGCAUGUCUCCGCAACCGGGUCGGUGAAAUCAUCAUACGGGGAGGUGACCACAACUUUCUACCAGAGAUUUAGCUAUGUUAACAGCAAUGUAUAUAGGAGCAAUGGCACUGUGCAAGUGGUGAACCAAACGAUUGAUGCAAAGUCUGGUGUUUUUGUCAAGGAUACUUCUGCUGUUCUUCUCUCAGAGGAGGUUCACAAGGUGUUUCCGCUGUAUGUCUACACUGGAACAUCAGACCAGGUGGGUGAUGAGUACUCAUUGAUUUCGCUUGUCAAAUUGGGCAUCAACGAGAAGAGUGUUUCGGGUGGGAAGCUAGGGUUCUCGUACCGCUCUUUGCGGAAUGCACAGUCAGCACGCGGCACAAUGAAGGUGAAGAAGAAUUUGGUGGUUAGUGGUUUGGGGCAGACACAUCAGGUGUACAAAUAUAUGGGUACUGAUGGAUGCUACUUCAGGGAUGUGAGCAGCAAGAAUUACACUAUAAUUUCUGACAACUCUGGUGAUUCUUGCUCAAAGGGAUCGCCGUCUAGUGGUGUCAAAUUUUCCUCCAAUAAAAAUCAACCAGCUAGGAAAAGGUUGCUGAAACUUUAACUGGGAAGGUGUGCAACUGAAUUAUCUAUCGUUCAGUUUACUUUGUCUCUCCACUCGAGAUUGUUAGGUUAGAUUAUCGUUCAUGUACUAGGUAAGAAAUUUGUUUGAAAUUAUCUCUGCAAGCAUCCCACUUUGUAAGUCUUCUAGUACAAGACAACUUUCUCUUCUGGAAUGUAUAUAAAUCAAUAAAAGUGGCGCUUGGGUUUCAAAAUA